AAUACUCUGAUUUUCCUCAUUUUUUUUAAAUUCAAUUUGAACACCUUAACAGGGAAUAUGGAGGUUUUUAAAACAUCAGUGGUUUUAGAUGGAUUAGGACGUUAAACCGUCGUGUCUUGUGUGAUUUUUUUAACGUUAUUUCAUCGCUUAACCGUUGACAUGCAGCCGUUGGGCGCCAUUUGUCGUUUUUUCUGUGUUUCCUGCCGUCGUCGUCUCGCAGACAGACAUCUUUUUACACAGAUAAGACACAUCCACCCAGGAACGGGACUAUUUUGUGAGACUCAGUCGAGGUCAGUGAUGCUUCAACAUCAGGACCAGCCUCUGAACUCGGCCUACGGAGGGCACGGAGGCUCCAACAAUGGCUCCUCUUCCUCGCUGAGAAACAGGAAGGGCGACAAAGACGGCAACUUCAACUUCCUGCCUGGCAAAGGGGAUGAUGGCUACACAGGCAGCGGAGGAGGAGGAGGAGAUGAGAAUCGAAACCAGGUGCGCCCACGCAACUUAGGUCCGCUGGGUCGCGACCCUCCAAACUCCUCGCCGUCUUCUGGGUAUCACCACGGCUCAGGGCUUCUGUCUCCACGCUCCCGUCUGCCCUGCUGGAGCCCGCUGGAGCCCCUACCUGAAAUAGAGUGCGGGGACGAUGGUUACGGCCGAGUGCCUCCUGACGGAGCGGAGGAAGGUAGGAUGGAAGAAGAGGUGAGGAGGGUGAUGAUGAGCCAGAAUGAGGAGAAACAGAGACAGAAGAGGGAGCAGCAGAGGAGGAAAAGCAGCCUCAUGGAAGACGAUGAAGAAUGGGGAGACAGCGAAUCCGAUUCUGAGCUUAGCUACCGGUCUGGUGGCAGCAUGUCCUCUCUCAACCUGGACAGUACGGGCGAAGGGAUGCUCAUGGGAGGCUGGGACCGCAUCGGAGUCGGGGAACCCAAAUCCAACCACCAGGAGGAUGGAAACAGCAACAGAGAUCCAGCUGUGCGACAGAGAAGCUUCAGUCGCAAGUCGCUGACAGGAAGAAACCUGGGAAACCUCCUGGAGGAAGGAGCAGAAGAGCAAGAUGGAAACGACGGCUCCUCAGACUCCGACGCCGACCUGCCAGAGCUGAUGGACGCCGUGUGGACGCUGCGAGAUCGUGAACGUUUCAAGGCCCAGGAGAUGGAGAAGCACCAGGUGCAGCUGACCAUGUACCGCCGCCUGGCGCUGAUCCGCUGGGUCCGCACCCUGCAGAGCCGCAUCCAGGAGCAGCAGAACCGCCUGCAGUCCAGCUUCGACAUCAUCCUCACUCAAAGGAAGGAACUGCUGCGCAUGGGCGCCGCCAACGCCGUGGCCAAUGCUGCGCCUGCUGCUGCUGUCAGCCAAUCAUAAAGAGAGGGCAGAGGGAGGGGAGGAACUGAAACAGGAAGUGGUUAAAAACAGCAUUUUGGUUCUGUUUGCUUCUAUCCUGAAGACCCCUGAAAACAAAAAGACAAUCGCCAGUUUCCAUCAUCCUGUCAUGUUUCUGAUUGUAAUGACGCAAAAAAAACCUUGUGUUUAUGUUGAUUUUCUUUUAUGGUGUCCCAUCCAGAGCAUCAAUAAACAUCAACUGAAGACUACACCUCCACCAAAAUGUAUGAUUUAUGAUUUAUGA